AUUUAGACCCGCGGAGUCCAUCCCUAAUCGAUGUCUCCGCACUCCCUCGCCCCUCAGAUACAUAAGCAUCAGGACACCAGAUCCUACACCUUCUUACCUUCCGAGUUUCUGUGUCCUUUGAUAUGUCUGUCCCUGCCGUGCCAAAGACGAUGAAGGCCCUCGUUGUCAAACCGGGUCCAGCUGCUGUGGUCGAGGAGGUCCCGGUCCCGGUCGUUGGCAGCGAUGACAUCCUUGUCAAGGUCGUCGCUACCGCACAAAAUCCUACGGACUGGAAAUUUGUCGACUUCGUGCAGAAUCACGGCACCAUCCUGGGUUGCGACUGGUCAGGAUACGUCGUGGAUGCGGGGAAGAACGUCACGUCGCCAAGGGUUGGCGACCAUGUCGCGGGCUUCGUCCAGGGCGGCACGUUCACCGAUUACGGCGCAUAUGCCGAAUACGUGCGGACGCCUGCGGAGUUGAGUUGGGUCGUACCAGAGGGCACUGUAAACCAUGAGGAGGCGGCGGCGUUAGGUUGCGCGUUCUGGACGGCUGUACAGGCACUGUACAACCCGACUCGGCUAGGGCUCGUUGAGCCACCGUCUAGGGUAGAGGCGGAGCAGUGGGUAUUUGUCUACGGCGGCAGUACCUCUGUUGGCCAGUACGCUACCCAACUAGCACACCUGUCGGGCUACAAAGUUGCGACAGUUGCCUCACCACGCAACUUCGAACUCUGCAGGUCGCUCGGGGCCGACUUCGUCGCGGACUAUAACGACCCGGAAGCGGUGCAACAGAUCAAGGCCGCCACUGGCGACUCGAUUGCCCUCGCAGUCGACACCAUUAGCUUGGCACAGUCGGAAGCCUUCGCGUCCAGGGUGAUCAAGCCGGGCGGCGGCAGGGUUGUCCUGCUCCUGGCGCCUGAAGAAGAGGGGCAGGUACGGGAAGACGUCGUCUUUCAACCGACACUCGUAUACACCGUCCUCGGCCGGCCGUUUUCCAUGCUGGGUCAAGACUUCCCCGUCAGUGCGGAGGACCGCGCACACGCAGUCGCCUUCCUUAAGAAGAUCCCGGAGCUCGUGCGCGAGAAGCAGAUCAUCCCCAACAAGACGAAGCUGUGGGAAGGUGGUCUGCAGGCUGUGCCGGAUGGUCUUCAAUACAUGCGGGAUGGGAAGGUCAGCGCGGAGAAGAUCGUGUAUAGUCUAUGACUCACAUAAGAAGACAUUGCUAUCUGACAAUCAUGGGAGGUUCCUCUUUGCAUUCAUUAUGUAGUUGGCGAUACCCAACCCGAUAUACCUCGAUUUAUGUAACAUUUAUCAGUAGAAAGCAAGGCAAACAGUACUUGUUGAACGUCUGAA